GCAGAAGUAAAGUGCAGAGAUCGGGUAGAGAAUGUCCAGCCUGAGGAGGACCAUAUAAAGCCCAAGAAAUCAUUUGAUCUGGCCCUACCAAGGCAUUACUGGGCACAAAGUUGUAGCAGUACCAACAAGAAGUAUGUCUUGAGGUUAUGAAAGAUGGCAAGUCCAGAUAGAAGUAAACGGAAGAUAUUAAAAGCCAAAAAAACAAUGCCUGCCAGUUGCCGGAAACAAAUAGAGAUCCUCCAUAAGUCAAAGAAUGUUGAAGCACAGAAAACAGCAGCAAUUGGGAAUAAUGUGUCAAGUGAUAAUCAGAAUUCAAGUGUUGUCAUAAAUAACAAAUGUAGAGAUUCUGAAAAUGAUGGUUCCUCAUUGGACUCUAAUAAAAAUUCCGCGUGCUCACAAAAAAGUAAAGUAUCUUCUCAGAAUUCAAUAAAACCACUAGAAAUUGAUUUGGAAACAAGAUCGCAGUCCACUGAAGAACAAGUUGUAUGCCCUUACCAAAAGCCAAGUGAACCAAUAGCAUCUCCCAGGAAUCUGUCUACACAAGAGGCAAAAGAUUCACAAAACACUUCUGAAAACUGUAACAAGGCAAAUGUAAUAAGAUCCUGUUUUGAACAACAGGAAGAGGAUUGUAAUCUGAAAUCCAUUAGUAACGAACACAGUGCAUUGAGUAGUAUAGUUCAAAUGUCAAAUUCUACAGUAAUCAAUACCUUGGAUAAAAGAAUUGACAAGAUAGUUUCCCAUUUAGAAACAAACUCCAAUUCUGCAUCGCAUGAUAAGAGGCAAAAUGACGUUUUGAUUUCAAGUUCAGACAACCAUUUUGUGCCUGUUGCUAAAAUACCUACGGCAGUAAAUUCAGUCAUUUAUAGUAACUGUACUGCUGACAGUUUGAAAAGUGAAGACUCCUAUAGAACCUAUCAUUCUAUCAUUUCAAAUGGUGAAAAUACAGAGUCAACAUGGCUGUCAUCACUUGACACAGAUAGUAAUAACAGCCAUAAUCAUAAGAAGAGGAUGUUUUCAGAAAACAAAGAAAAUGUUAAGCGCCUGAAAACUUCAGAGCAAAUUAAUGAAAAUUUUUGUGUAGCUCUGGAAAAGCAAACAGCAUUUCUGGAACAGGUCAAACAUUUGAUUCAACAGGAGAUCUGUAGUAUACAUUACAAACUAUUUGAUAACAAACUGAGAGAAUUGACUGAACGCAUUGGGAAGACACAGUGCAGGAAUAAACAUGAAGCAAUAGCUGAUGAACUCUUCGCAAAAAUAGCACAACUUCAUAGACGUAUUAAAAAAGUAUUGUUAUCUGAAAGGAAUUGUUUGGAACCAAACAUGACAUCCAGUAAUACAUCCUUUAAGGUUGUAAAUUCAGAGACUCUGAAUUUGGAUAAGAACCCAGUUAAUAGUCUAGAUGAAAGAAAGGCUCCUGUGAACUCUCGACCUUCCAACCCUUCAGAAAAAGCAAUUGAAAAGAUCGAUUUGUCACAGGAUCAUGAUGAGGCUGUUUCUGAAAGUAACGAUGAUGUUGUGUUGAUUUCUGUGGAAAAUCCUAAUUUGACAACACCAAUUACAUCAAAUCUAACAGAUACUGGAAAAAUUACAUCAGGAAAUUUUAAUUCGUCUAAUGCUGUUACUGAAGUUAUGGCUGUAGAGGAAAAGAGUCUUGAUUUUGUGAUUGAUCUGACUAAAGAAGGUCUAUCAAACUGCAACACAGAAAGUUCAGUAUCCAUGCUGGAGUCAUAUAUGAAAUCCGUGUCAAUCUCAAAAGAGACAACACCAAUGGCCCAAAAUGAAACCCAGGUUCCUGAGUCCUUUGAGCAUCUGCCACCUCUCCCAGCACCACCACAAUCACUACUGAAUCCGGUAGACAAAGUUCGAGACACACUUCCUCCCCAGAAGACUGAGCUCAAAGUGAAACGGGUGCUGAGACCCAGGGGCAUUGCCCUAACUUGGAACAUCGCCAAGAUCAAUCCUAAGUGUGCUCCUGUGGAAAGCUACCACCUCUUCCUGUGCCAUGAGAACCCUGGUAUUAAGUUAAUUUGGAAGAAAGUUGGAGAAAUUAAAGCUUUACCACUCCCAAUGGCCUGUACUUUAUCUCAGUUUUUAGCUUCUAACAGAUAUUAUUUUGCACUCCAGUCAAAAGACAUUUUUGGGCGAUAUGGACCAUUCUGUGAUAUAAAAGCUAUCCCUGGAUUUUCUGACAUUCUUACAUAAAAGAAAAGUCUUCAA